CGCCCAGUGUGAUCGGGGAUUUCAAUUGGAGGGGCAGUUUUAGCCUAUCUUCAUACUGUACUGUCUUUGAUGUAGUGGUAUCCUGUGGUUCGCUGUCCUAAACCAGGAAAAACAGUCGCGUAAGUCAUUGUGAGAUGGCUCAACAAUUGUUAUUAAAAGUAAUUUGCAAUCAUCAGGGAACAUUGAACUAUGCAGAUCUGGCAGAUAUUGGGUGUGGGGCAGAUAUGAUCUGCGCUCUUGAUAAACUUGUUGAAAACGAUUUAUGUUCUAUAGCAGUGUGUAAUGGAAAUGAACGCAUUUUUGCGAAAACGAAAGUUAGACGCUGCAAGGCUCAGCAAUGUGAUGGCUGCAAUGAUUUACAUCUAUGUAAAUUGUAUCUAUUUGGGGACUGCAAGAAUAGUAUCGGAAGACGGACAUGCCGCUUUGGCCAUGACCUUCACUCCGAACACAACUCCAUAGUUUUGAGAGAGCAUAAACUUGAGACGCUGAGUAGACAGGAACUCCGGCAGCUAUUAUUACAGAAUGACAACUCCCUCCUUCCACCGGUGUGCAACUCUUAUAACAAAGGCACUAUGCCAUAUGGCAACUGCCCGGAUCAGGAGGGGUGCAGGAGACUUCACGUGUGUGACAGGUACAUCAGAGGAACCUGCUCCUCGGGAGCCAACUGCAACAGGAGUCAUGACUUCUUUGAGCCCCACCCACUGAGGACCCUGCAGCAGAGGGGGGUGCCAAACGAUCUAAUGGUGUCCAUGUUGUCCACCUACCAGAACAUCCAGGCCAUGAAAAGUGAAGGUGCCGGCGGUGCUGCUUCUAUCAACAGGCCCCAGAGCUGUCCUCAGAGAAAUACAGUGAGGAAUGAGAUCUGCCUGUUCUUUGUCAAGGAGGACUGCAAACAAGGAGAGAAAUGCUCGAGAGUCCACUUCAAAAUGCCCUACAAGUGGGAAGUGAAUGGUGGACAGACUUGGUCAGCUCUGCCAGAAAACGAAGCAAUCGAGAGAGACUUCUGUGACCCUUCUAAGAUACACAGUGAGGGAUCUGAGCGUGUGCGUUUCGACUCCAUGAGCCGCGGGUUAUGGGAUGUUCGCCGUCUCUCCACAGUUUCCUCUGUGACCAAGCCCACAUACGUACUCACCACAGAGUGGGUGUGGUUCUGGAAGGACGAGUACGGCAAAUGGAUCCAGUACGCAUCCAUCAAAGAGAUGCACAGAUUGUCGUCCAUCACCAGUGAAGACCUUGAGAAAAGGUUCCAGGAGGAUCAAAGUGCUGUGGUGAAGUUCACUGCAGGCCAGCAGUCUUAUGAGCUGAGUUUCAGAGACAUGACUCAAUUUAACGAAAGAUUUGGUACUACAAGGAUGGUCAGACGACGUCCAGUCUUUGUUUCAACUGUGGACGCACAAGCUGCAAGAAGCAGGAGAAAUGGAGCACGCAACCCCUCUCAGAAUUUCAGAGCUGUUCCUGGAUCUUGGGACAAGUCUGCGAUACCUGACAUUGGAUACAAGACAGUCACUCUUCUGAGUUUUGACAGGGACUAUCAGAAGGUCCAGAGACUUUUCAACAACACCAUGAGGGGCUUCCAAAUCACCAGCAUCGAGAGGGUCCAAAACAGGGACCUCUGGGAAGUCUUCCAGUGGUAUGUUUACAUCAACUCUCACACACAAUCCUAG